CGCUUGGGCAGAGGUCCGCCGUGUGAACCUCCUCUCAGAAGCCCCUCCAGCGCCCUGUAACCGUCCCAGUAACCGAACUACGGCCGUUACCGACUCCCAACGACGCUCAACCCGCGGGGCGCGUGCCGGUGUGGCGUCGCGAGAGCUCGUCGUUGAGUCGAAGCUGCUGGUCACCGGUCACUCUUCGGGGAAAGGAUCGAUCCACCGGCAUCGCGGUGAUCAUGGAUCAAUCGGUAGUGGGGGUCUUCAAGAGUCCGUGGGGUCCGGUGGCCCCGGAGCCUCGGAGCUGCUCUCUGACUGAAGUGAUGAGCGAACAGCUGGCGACACAACUGGAGGAGGAAAACAAGGCCCCCCCCCCCCUCACUGGCCCCUCAGCAGACCUCCUCCCGUCAGACGACUCCUCGGAGACGACCAGCGACUUGAUGCUGGCUAAGAUGCUUCAGAUGCAGUUUGACCGAGAGUUUGACGACCAGCUCCUUCGGGAGGAGAAGAAGUUCAACGGGGACAGCAAAGUGUCCAUCUCCUUUGAGAACUACCGCAUGGUCCAUCCGUACGAAGACAGCGACAGCUCGGAGGACGAGGUGGACUGGCAGGACACGAGACACGACCCCUACAGAGCUGAAAAGCCUCAGACGACACCGAGGAAAGGUUUCACCGGCAAAGGGAAGAACAUCACCACGAAACACGACGCGGUGACCUGCGGACGCAAGAACACGGCGCGCAUGGACAACUUUGCUCCAGAGGUCCACGUGGGGGACGGGAUGGGGAUGGACCUGAAGUUGUCCAACCAGGUGUUUAACUCCCUGAAGCAGCACUGCAACAGCGAGCAGAGACGCAGCGCCAGACUGCACGAGAAGAAGGAGCACUCCACGGCCGAACAAGCGGUGGACCCUCGCACUCGUCUGCUGAUGUACAAAAUGGUGAACGCCGGCGUUCUGGAGAACAUCAACGGCUGCAUCAGCACCGGAAAGGAGUCGGUCGUGUUCCACGCCAACGGAGGAAGCCUGGAGGAGCAGCCCGUUCCGGACGAAGUGGUGCUGAAGGUCUUCAAGACGACGCUCAACGAGUUCAAGAACCGCGACCGCUACAUCAAAGACGACUACCGCUUCAUCGACCGCUUCAGCAAGCUGAACCCGAGGAAGGUCAUCCGGCUGUGGGCCGAGAAGGAGAUGCACAACCUGACCAGGAUGAGGAAGGCAGAGAUCCCGUGUCCUGAGGUGGUGCUCCUGAAGAAGCACAUCCUGGUGAUGUCCUUCAUCGGUAAAGACCACGUUCCUGCUCCCAAGCUCAAAGACGUGCUCCUGGGCUCCGAGGACAUGAAGACCGCCUUCUACCAGGUCCUCCACGUGAUGCAGCAGCUGUAUCAGGAGUGUAACCUGGUUCACGCUGACCUCAGUGAAUACAACAUGCUGUGGCACGAAGGAAAGGUGUGGCUGAUUGAUGUGAGUCAGUCCGUGGAGCCCACGCACCCUCACGCCCUGGAGUUCCUCUUCAGGGACUGCAGGAACGUUUCCACGUUCUUCCAGAAGAGAGGAGUGAGUGAGGCCAUGAGCGUCUACGAGCUCUUCAACCUCGUGAGCGGCCUGAACAUCCCUGUUGGUGAAGAAGAGGAGGCCGAGUUCAUGGCUGAGAUCGAGGCGUUGGAGAAGAGGAACGAGGAUCACGUGCAGCGUCGAGGGAAGAAAACGUUUCCGGCCUCCUGUGAAGACGUCGGUCCUCCAUUACAACCCGACUCUGAUGACUAACCCCGCCCCCCCUUCUUCACCCCCCCUCCCGGCUCUCUCUCUCUUCACGACCCCCCGUGUUGAAAACAAGCUGUAAAAGAGGAGACGAAUGGAGGAGGCUCCUCCUCCUUCAACCACCCACCAACUGCUCCCUUUAAAACAGGCCGACGGAGCUCCGCCUCCUGGCUGCAGGGGGGAGGAGCUUCAGAGCGUCCCGAGAGGCGGCGCCGAGUGUUUCUGAAGCCGAGACGCGACUCCCGUCCUCCGGCUGCGAGAAGAGGACGACGGCGCUGCUCAGAGGGUCGUUUGAUAAGAAACUGAUAUAUUCAUUAUUAUAUUAUAAUAUCAAUAUUUUAAGUUUAUAUUACAUAAUAUUAUUAUUGUAUAAUAGUAACAAUAAUAAUAAUACAAUUUAUAAAAAUAACAUUGUAAUAAUAUUAUUAUUAUUUUCAAAGAAUAGUUAUUAAGGGAUUAAAACAUGUUAUGACUCCAUUAAAUCAGACAAUUAAAAUGAAUGAUUAAAGUCGUUCUGUUUCAACGUACAGGUCUAACUUAUUAAUAAUAUUAUUUUGCUCUCCUAAAAUCUAUUGGAAGGGAAAUAGAAGUUGGUCGGGGGGGGUCAAAGGUCACGGCUGUCUGGAAGCAGAAAGGAGUUAUUAAAUGUUUCGGUAACUCUUGAAAUUGAAGCGCAGAAGAAAAAAAUGCAAGAAAAUUAAAAGUCAUCUCUUUGUGUCGUUGAAGGAAAAACAGGAAAAUAAAACUGAUUGUGGCUUUAA